AUGUCCUCCACAGUGGAGGGUGACGAGCUGCAGAAGGUGAUCGCAAACAUGCCCACACGCAUGGCCCUUCCUCCGCGCCACCGGGAUUUGUCUCUCAGCGACAGCGAGAUCAGUCUGUUGGAACUAGGGCCGAGCUUGACCAAGUCGGCGCUUCUUUCCAGGAACGUGAUGAAGGCACAUAUACCGGCGGGAGAUCAGAUUGGACGGACUGUGGUGGAAAAUCGAACUUAUGAGAGAACUUGGGUCGGGGAUCAGACUUUUGAACAGACACGGCAAAGGUAUACCGUGAACUGGGGAGGCGAGGAUAUCCACGCGGGAACUGGUACAGAAACGGUGCCAAUUAUCCAGACUGAUGCUCCUGUAAUCGGUGGAACCGACGGCACGGGCAUGAGAGUCGGGGAUACAUCUGGCGCUGGGAGCGAGACCGGGACUGAAACCAUAUCCACUGCAAUGCCCGGAAGACGGUAUCCUUGCCGGUAG